AUUAAAGUUCAGUCAUUAAACCUUUAAGACAGAGAAACUCACUCAGUCGCUGUUACUGAGAGGUGAAAUGGCUCACAGAGGAGGUCGGCUGGAGAAAAUCUCCUGCUCCAUCUGUCUGGAUUUCCUGACGGAUCCUGUGACUAUUGCGUGUGGACACAGCUACUGCAUGAUCUGUAUUAAACAAUCCUGGGACACAGAUGAGAAGAAAGUCUAUAAAUGCCCUCAGUGCAGGAAAACAUUCACACCGAGGCCUGUCCUGGUGAAAAACGUCAUAUUAGCAGAGUUGGUGGAAGAUCUGAAGAAGACUGGAUUCCACUCUGCUCCAGCUGAUCACUGCUAUGCUGGACAUGAAAAUGUGGUCUGUGAUGUUUGUAGUGGUAGGAAGAUGAAAGCUGUCAAGUCCUGCCUGGUUUGUUUGAAUUCCUUUUGUGAGAAUCACCUUGAAACUCACAAUGACGACCCUGAAUUAAAGAAGCACAAGUUGGUGAAUCCACCCAAAGAGCCGCUACACAGCAUCUGCUCUCGUCAUGAUGAGGUGAUGAAGAUCUUCUGUCGCACUGAUCAGCAGUGUAUCUGUUACCUCUGCUUAAUGGAUGACCAUAAAGGUCAUGAAACAGUUCCAGCUGCAGCAGAAAUGGCUGAGAAAAAGAAGAAGCUCCAGGAGAGUCGACAACAAAUCCAGCGGAAUAUAGAGGACCAAGAGAAAGAAGUGGAGCUGCUUCAACUGGAGGUGGAGGCCAUCAAUGUCUCUGCUGAUAAAACAGUGGAGGACAGUGAGAAGAUCUUCACUGAGAUGAUCCGUCUCCUCCAGGAAAGAAGCUCUGAUGUGAAGCAGCAGAUCAGAUCCCAGCAGGAAACUGAAGUGAGCCAAAUUAAAGAUCUUCAGGAGAAGCUGAAGGAGGAGAUCGCCGACCUAAAGUGGAAAGACGCUGAGCUGGAGCAGCUCUCAAACACAGAGGAUCACAACCAGUUUCUCCUCAACUACACUUCCCUGCCAGACCUAAGUGAGUUUAUACACUCACAGGGCAUCUAUAUGCAUCCUUGGAAAAACUUCAAGGAUGUGAUAGCAGCUGUGUCAAAGCUCAGAGAUCAACUGCAGGAUCUUCUGGCAAAGACUCGUACAAACAGGUCCGUUAAAGUCAGCAAGGUGGAGGUUUUAAAGUCAGAACCAGAACCAAAAACCAGAAAUGAGUUCUUAAAAUAUUCACAAGAAAUCAGUCUGGAUCCAAACACGGUGAACACAAAGCUGCUAUUAUCUGAGGGGAACAGAAAAGUAACGAGAAAGAAUAAAAAACAGUUUUAUCCAGAUCAUCCAGACAGAUUCACUGGUCACUUUCAGGUCCUGAGCAGAGAGAGUCUGACUGGACGUUGUUACUGGGAGGUGGACUGGAGAGGAGACAGAGUUGGAGUAGCAGUUUCAUACAAGAACAUCAGCAGAGCAGGAUUGUCAGAGAAAUGUGAGUUUGGAAUGAAUGACAUGUCUUGGUCAUUUGACUGCCGAACAAAGAGUUACACAAUUUAUCACAACAGAGUUGAAACUCCAGUACCAGGUCCAGUUUCCUCCAGACUAGGAGUGUACCUGGAUCACAGAGCAGGUAUUCUGUGUUUCUACAGCGUCUCUAAAACCAUGACUCUCCUCCACAGAGUCCAGACCAGAUUCACUCAGCCGCUAUAUGUUGGGAUCUGGCUGUUUUAUGUUGACUCUUCUGCUGAGUUCAUUAAGGUUAAAUAGUCAGCAAUGAUCUGAGGUUAAAAUCUGUACUUUAGUCUCAUUCACCGUAAACUCAAUGUCAUUUCUUCACUGCUCAGAUCAGCUGUCUUUAUGGAGCCACUUCGUCAUUGUUUUUUGUUGAUGUUGGGUCUUGUCCCGUCUCUCAAAUUAAACUUUAUCAUAGCGAGUUAUUUUUGACAGUCCAGACUGUUCUGUGGUUCUGUUAGUAUGAAGCCAACUUCUGCUCCAUUAGACUCUGUUUUUAGGCAAAAAACAAUCAUGAAGGUUAAUCACUUUUUUCUUUUUUAGUAAUCAGUGGUUAAUUGCAUUGUUUAGUUCUGAUUGUUAUAUUGUGUGAAGACUGAGACUGAAACUGUGUUUAUCCUGUUAAUGAUUAAAUCUAUGACGUGUCGGGAAACUGAGCCGACUGCAUGCGGCGUCACAUGGAGUCUUACAUCUGUCUGAAUAGAAUCCUUCUGAUGUAGAAAAACCAACGAUCAGAUCGACUGUGGUCACGGACACGUGGCCGGACCCUGGAGUCAGAUUAUGAUAAAUGUAGUUUUUCUAAAAAUGCUUUGCAGAUUCAGUGUUUUGAGUGAAUCUCUGCUGAAUCUUAUUUGGUUUUUCCUGCCAUGUGUGAUUCAGGCUUUAAUAUUUCAAAGUGAAGAAUAUUAAAUUGUCAGUAAUGCAGACUUGGUGUCUAAAUGCGCAGACACUGGUCAGUUUUAGAUGUGAUUUAUUUUUUUAUAUGACUUUUAAUAAACUAUCACUCACUGGGAAAAGUGUAAAUGAUGUAAAUGAGAAUUUAGAUUCAAUUGAAUUUACUCAUAAGUGAUCGAAUUACGUUUUAUUUUGGUAAGCUGUGAAAUUGAUUGAUAUAUGAAAAUGUUCUGUGUAAAUUAAGUAAAUUUUGAUCAAAUUCAUUUGUACCUUCAAUGAAAUGAAGCUUAAAAUCAAUAAGUACACUUAAGAUUUUCAAUCAAGUUUAUCAUCUUUAGUGGCUGCAGACCCUUGGCAAAAACAAAUCUGUCUUUGUUUUUUUUUUAAAAAGUCACAAAACAUUAUUUUCCAGCAUUUGUUUAUCUAUGCAAAUCAAAAACCUGAAAUGGAAUAAAAAAUGUUAAGAUCUACUUUGAUUUGUUUAAACAUUAAGCUGUAACUAAGAAUUGUUUUUAGACACAAAGUGUAAAUUUUAUUGAAAUCUUAAUUCUUAGUUUAGUUUGUUUAAAAGAAAACUUAUUUGAAUAAACUCUUACCAAAAACA